AUGAUCUCGGGACUUCGUCGUACUAUCAGAGAGGAUGUAGCGAAAGCGUUGGAAUCAUAUACGGUUGACCAGGAGCCUGAAUGUCUAGUUCAAGCGUAUUACCAGAAAAUGCAGAGCAAUCCCUUUUUGAACUAUGAGAAUCUACUGAAUGUAUGCAUGGACUUUUAUAAUGCUGGUAUGGAGACAACCACGACAACCCUCAGAUGGGGCACACUGUUUUUUGCAAGUCAUCCAGAAGUUCAGGAAAAGAUUCGUGAAGAAAUCAUGAGGGUCGUUGGUCCAGAAGGCAAGCCAACGUCAUCACACAGGCAAAAAAUGCCUACACAAUGCAGCUAUCCAGGAACUUCAACGACGGGCAAAUAUUCUGCCUAUGAAUGUCGUCCAUCGAACUGUGAGGGAUACUUCUGUGAGAGGAAUACCCACGUGUAUGGCGAAAUCCAUCAAAUACUUGCGCAUUCGCCUGUGUUCAAAGACGGUCACGAAUUCCGCCCUGAACGUUUUCUUAUGGAGGAUGGUGUAACCCCUAACAAGGAAGCGAUUGAUCACCUCUGCCCAUUCUCCAUGGGAAAACGGCAAUGUGCUGGAGAGGCUUUGGCUAGAGUUGAGCUUUUCAUUGGUGUCGUCAUACUCCUUCAAAACUACAAGAUCGCAACUGCCAAAAGAAGGACAAUCGGACCUGGAGCUGUCGAAUCUCAUGCUGGAGUCCUUCUUCCAAAGAAGCAACCACUCAGAUUGAUUCCCAUAAAUCACUAA